GACGUUUUAUUAGUUACUUUAGCUGUUAUGGAAGUUUAAAUUGAAUAUCGCCAUUAUUCAAAGUACUACGGUUGCAAAAACACAAUUUUAGAAAUAAGUGAUGGCUCAAGAUACCAUUUUCUCACGUUGUGCUAAAUUAAAACGAAUUUUGGAGGACAAUAGUCCAACUGAUAGAAAGGCAAUGAGUUUGUCUGAGGAAGGUUUGAUCGAUGCCAUUCUCGCAUUUUACAAUGAAUGCCGCUCAGAAUACUUGCAGAAAGACAAGCAUGUGGCUAAGUUUGUCCAGAAAUAUAAAGAGGACAUAGAAAACAUUAGCAAAUCUAGACCAUGUAUUAAUGAUUUCAAAGUCGUUAGCAUUAUUGGACGUGGUCAUUUUGGAACGGUCGCUGUUGUAAAAGAAAUACAAACCAAUAAAGUUUUUGCUUUGAAAACAUUGAAGAAAAGUGAAAUGUUGGCACAAGAAAAUGUAGCAUUUUUUGAAGAAGAAAGAAAUAUCAUGGCUUACAGUGGGUCAAGAUGGAUAACUUCGUUACAAUAUGCAUUUCAAGAUCAAAAAAACCUUUAUCUUGUAAUGGAGUUUCAUCCAGGAGGAGAUCUUCUUACCUUGCUCAGUAAACAGGAGAAUGAGAUACUGGAUGAGAAAAUUGCAAGGUUUUAUCUUGCAGAGAUCAUAAUGGCUCUUCAUUUUCUUCAUGGAAUGGGCUACGUUCACAGGGAUGUAAAGCCUGACAACAUAUUGAUCGACAGAACAGGUCAUAUCAAGCUUGCUGACUUUGGUUCUGCAGCAAAAUUAGAAUCCAACAGUAAAGUUCGUUCAAGAAUGGCUGUGGGCACUCCAGAGUAUAUCUCCCCCGAGGUGCUGACAAGUCUGGAGGGAGCAAAUGAUGGUUAUGGUGUUGAAUGUGACUGGUGGUCUCUUGGGGUAGUGGCAUAUGAAAUGAUGUAUGGCAACACACCAUUUUCUGCCGACUCUGUUGCCUUCACCUACUGUAAAAUCAUGAACCAUAAGGAAUCACUGUCAUUUCCCACUGGAUUUAAAGCCAGUGCGUCCAUGAAAGGUUUAAUCCGAGGUCUUCUUACGGAUAUUGACAGUCGUUUCAAGCACGAACAUCUUGUAAAACAUUCCUUUUUUAAGGAAAUAAACUGGAGUCAACUUUCUGCAGAAACUCCGCCAUUUAUUCCACCAAUCACAGGGCAGGAUGAUACAUCUAAUUUUGAUGAGUUUGAUCCAGAAGAGGAAGCACCGACGUUUGGUGGAAAAACACCAAUGAAAAAUUCGUUCAGCGGAAAUGAUCUUCCCUUCGUUGGUUUUACGUUCAUCAAACGAAAUGACCCGAACAAGUCCGUGCAACGUGCUGAGGAUGGUCGCGUGCGUGAAAUCGUCACAACCGAUGACGUCAUAGCAGAUGACGUCACUUUGGAUGAAAAUUUUUGUAAAGUUAGAAUCGAACAGCUUCAGUCGCUGUUGAAAGCUAAAACAUCUAAUUUGGAAAAAAUUGCUUUUGAAAAAGAUUUACUGGAAAAAGAAAAUAUUUUGAAGGAAACAGAGUUGAAGGAUUUGAAGAAACGACUGGAUGAAGAAAGAACUCGGACAUUAAACGAUGAUAACAUGGCGUUAAAAUUGAUGUCAGAAAUUGACGAGAUGAGGACAAAAGCACGUGAUUUACGUAAAUUAGAGACAAGUGAGGCUUUGGAUGAACAACAAAUAGUGGUAGCACAGUUGGAGGAAGAUCGUUUUGUUGCUAUGAAACGGUCUCAACACCUGAAGGAUGAACUGUGUUCUCUACAAAAACUUGUUGGCAGCAAAGAUAAGACCAUAGAGGAGCUACAAAAAGCUGUCGAGGAGUUGAAAAAGCAGUUAAAAGAAUUGCAAGAAAAAGCUUUUGAUGAAAAUCAUUUUAUUGAGAUGCUAGCCGAGUUAAAACAAGUCAGGGAAUUUGAAGAGACCGUCAGUAACGUUAGUCCAGUUGAGCGUGUUAAACAAAGUCAGAGAAGUCCUGUUGCAAUAACACCAACAUCGAAAAGAAGAGUUGAGGAGAUCUCCACGAGAGUACUGGAUGCUCUGUCGCAAUAUCAGGAGAAAGAAAGAAAUGAUAUGACAAAAUUACGGGAAGAAUUUCAGCAAAAAGUCGAAGAAUGUCGCGAAUUGAAAAUGCAACUUGUGGGUAAUAAAUCUCUUAAGAGAAAACUCGAAAGCGCUGAAGAAGAUUGUGCUAAGGCCGUGAAGAAGAACAAAAUCUUGGAUGAAGCUGUUAAAAAAAUGGAAAAAGAAGUUGAUGAAGUUUAUGAUGUUGGCGAAGAUUUGAAACGUGAUAUAAGUAAACGAGAGAAAGAUUUUCGCGAUGAAGUGUUUAAUGUUAACAAGAAAUAUGAAGUUGUCGUGUUGGAAAACGAGAAGCUGAUGUCUGAGGUCGAGGAGUUGAAGAGAAAUUUCACAAAUGUAAAAAAUGAAAUGCAAAAAGUGAAAAAUAAAAAUGUCGAAACGACAAAAGGAGAAUUAGAACAAAAGGCAUUGCUGAAUGUUAUUCGCAUCGAGUUGAACGACUCAAAGGAUUCGAAGAAGAAAUUAGAGGAGCAAAUAGCGAUAUUACAUAAGCAACUGGAGAACGAAACGAUUCUGAAGAACGAGUUAGAAGAAGAUCUACAAAGCAAAGACAGCUUGAUUGAAAGUCUUCUUCAAAAUGAGCAGGCUAUUAACGCGACUUGCGAAGAGGAUACAGAUGAAAUUCGUGAACUAAAUGAGAAAUGUAAGACUUUGGAAAUGAAAUUAGUUGAAUCGAGCAAAGAAACGGAAUGCUUACAAAAUGAGUUGAAGAAAAGUCGUCUUUGUAAUGACGAGUGCAUGACGUUACAGAAGAAAGAGAAAGAGUUGUUGAGUAAAGAUAGAGAAGAGAUCCAAGAUCUUAAAGCUGAAGUUGUUUUUUUGAAUGCGGAAAAUAAGGAACUGAAAUCGAAGGCAAAGGAUUUACAAAGUGAAUUACGAAGAAUUAAUGAAGAGCUGUCUGAAGUAAAAGGACAAAGUGAAGUGUACAUUGAUAAACUUUCUGAAGCGUCCAAUCUUGUGAUUGGUCAUCAAAAGACUAUUGAUGCCUUGAAAGCUACAUGCUCUAUGCUCGAGGGACAAAUCGAGGAACUAGAAAUACUAAAUGAUGAAUUAGAUGAAAGAAAUAUAAAACUGGAAAUCGAGAAAAAACAAAUAAUACUGACAAAUGAAAAAUACGAAGCAAGACUUUCUCAGAGCGAGCUAGAUCAAGUCUUCGAAAAAAAAGAUAACGAACUGCAAAAGUAUAAAGAUCAAAGCGAGGAGUACCAAAAAACGAUAUCUAACAUGGAAAAUCAACUCGCUAGAAGUGAGAUGAAUCUAAGAUCACUUGAGAGAAAAAUGGAGAAGGAAUGUUCCUCGAAAACAUCUUUACUGGCGGAGGUUGAGCAACAAAAAGAUAUCGUGUUGUCACUUGAAAGAGAAUUACAAAAUCAGAAAGAAUACUGUGAUGAAUUGGUAGCUGAAAGUAAUGCUAUGGCGGAGAAUUUAGAAAUCUUGAAGUCACUUCAUGCCGAAGAGAAAGUUAAACUUGUUUCGACGAGUGCUCAACAGUCAAAACUUAUUGAUUUCUUGCACUCGAAAGCGGAGAAUAAAUCAUCAAAACGAAAGCGUCUUGGUGUGUCAGGCCUCAAAAUGUUACGGAAACAUACAAGCGAGCGUAAUUUACUAUCAUAUAAAGGAAGUGAACUCCAACAGUCGUUGGAGAAAGAGCGAAGGAGUAAAUCUCAAUUGCAAUUAGAGUUAAAGAAAGUCAGAGAGGAACUGGAUGAAACGAAGGAAAAAGUAAUGUAUUGGAAAGGUCGUUGUCAGUUUACUCCUAAUGCGACAGUCGCUCCUCGCUCGAACCAGUCCAUUGCUGUGAUAUCUGCGAUCCAGCAAUCACCAAGUCAGCAGCCCAGCCCAGGCUCAACUUUAACCCCUUCAACAUCAUGGAAAAGGAAGAAUUCGGAGUCUCGUCACAGACCGAAAGAACGAAUGCAUCAUAACAUUCCUCACAGGUUUACUACUCUGAUGAAUAUGCGCGCCACGAGAUGUCCUGUAUGCCUCGACAGUAUUUUGUUUGGUAGACAAAUAUCAAAAUGCACGGAAUGUAACAUUGUCUGUCAUACCAAGUGUUCACUGUUGUUACCGCGGACCUGUGGAUUGCCGACUCAGUAUGUUGAACAUUUCAGUGAAAUGUUACUUGGACCUGUGAGUAGUAAGUCAUCGUCGUUAGGAGAUAUCUCUGAUGUUGAAAACAUCUCCAUCGUCGAGGGAUAUUUGAAGAUAGCAAGAAAUGGCUCUACCAGAGGCGGUUGGGAUUCAAAAUGGGUAUAUUUAAACGAUGGAGUGUUGAACAUUUCAGAAACAGCACCAGACAUCAACAGUUCGGAUCAAUAUGAUGAAACAUUCAACUUAUCGUCCAGCGAUAACGAUGUGAAAGUUCACUCUGCUAUUGCACGCUCGGAUUUACUUGGUGUGGCAGCAACAGACCUUCCCUACGUCUUUUCAAUCGAGAUUCGUCCCCAGACCACUUGUUGGCCCGGUUGCACGUUGCACUUACUUUCUUCCAGUUUUCCUGAGAAACAAAGAUGGGUGCGGGCAUUGGAGAACAUCGUGAGAGAAAGAGACAAUGACGUCGGUAAAAGUCAUCAGAAAGUGUUCCUUGAUGUAUUGUUAACAAUGAUUAAAGAUGAGCGUCUGGAUAUAAACACUGCUUGUGCUCUCAAUGACAAAUUUGUAUUACUUGGAGCUGCAGAAGGCUUGUUUACAUUAUCGAUCUUGAAAAGUGAAGAUGAUAACAGACCUCGUCUUAUUCCUGGAAUUAGGAAAGUCUAUCAAAUAAACAUUGAUCGAGAUGUUGGUCUCGCUCUCCUGAUUUUUGGUGUUGAACGGCAGUUAAUCGCUAUCGAUCUGAAACAAUUAGAGGCUUGUACGAAACAGUUCUGUGAAGUACCUUUAAAUUCUUUGGAGUUCCAAGAUGUCGGCAACAUUAUUAAUUGUCAUCUCUUUGCAUCGAAGAAGAUUGGAGAUACGACGUUCCUGUGUGCUGCCGUAUCUAACAAGAUCUCCAUUUUAAGAUACAACACGUCAAUGAAUUCUUUCGUAAAGAGAAAAGAAGUAGAGUGUUUUGAACCAUGUAUAUGUAUUGCUUUUGCAAACGACAAAGUAAUCAUUGGAUGUGACAAGUUUUAUCAGAUUGAUCUCCGACACUUUUGUUUGACAGAUUUUCUCCACACACAAGAAAACACUCUAAAAGACGGUGACCUUGAUUAUAUACGACCCGAGUCUUUCCCUGUUGAUGUUCUUCAUUUAUCAGAAUCUACCGAAGAAGAGUUUCUGCUUUGUUUCAAUGGUUCGGGUGUGUUUGUCAAUGGAAACGGUGAGCGAACACGAAAUGAAGAUCUAAAAUGGAGUGGCCUUCCUCUCUCCUUCGCGUACAAGAAACCUUACUUGUAUGUCACAUAUUUUAACUCUGUUGAAGUUUGUCAGAUUUCUUCACUUCAUAAUCAGUGUACCAUGUCCCGAACAUUCGCCUCCAUAGAAAGACCACGAAUCCUUGGAGCAGCAUUAAGAGCUGGUGCAGUAUACGUCGUUAGUGCAAUGUCUGACAAGAUCCAAAUCAUGUGUUGCCAAGGCAAUUUGUCAUCGGUAUUAAACUCUGUGGAACUCAAUGCUUGUCAGGCAACGUCACGGCAUACGAUAAAGCGUCGUCGUUCAGCCGUUGGUUCCGAAAAUGAAACUCCGCCAUCGUUUAGUGCAUUUUCGAAAGAUCCUCAACGCUUUUUACAAAGCUCGCUUAGACACUGACAUUUUGUGAAAGAUAUUAUGAAAUGGCUUCUUUACUUUCUAGUAUAGAUAAAAUAACAUAAGACAUUGCAUUGAACCUUUUUGCUGGCAAAUUAAACUGGGAUGAAAAAAGGGAUGAUAUAUAUAAAUGCAUGUAUGUCCAAAUAUAUAAAUAAUAGUUUAGACUGCACAUUCAGUUCCAAGUCUUCGGAAUAAUUAUCAAUUAUUUUAAACGAAUUUUGUAAUCAAUAGAAAUAUUUUACAUAAAAUUAUUGCAUUUUUAA